UGUGGCUUUCCACAUUUAAUUCAUUGUUGACAAAGUACUAUCUUGCUUCUUUUUAGAUGCUUUGUAUUAUAUUAACAAGUGUAACUUACACUUAAUUAGGGUUCCUUCCAUUAUGUGUGUAAUUUUGAGUAUUAUUGACGAGUUACUUUCUCUGAUCUUCGACCUAGAGAAUUUAUAAAGUCCGUAAGACCUUUGGUAAAAAAAAAAUAUAUAUAAACGAUUUACGAAUGGGAUAAUUAACUUAACAUGUUGAAAGAAGAUUUAUGUAUUCGAUUUUGAUUUCAAUAUGAAGAUAUAUACACAGAGAAGGUCCAAAACUCAUUGAUUUCUUAAAAAAAAGAGUUUAAAAUAUUAAGAGUUUGUCUUUUUAACAUGAAUUAAUUACACAGUAAUAGGGUUCUAGGCUAGUAGCCCUAGCAUCUCCUUUCACUCAGGAAAUGUCCCUCUCAUCUCUCUCUUUCAUCACACACACACACACACACAAACACAUACACAAACCACAAACACUUUCACUCUGGUUUGGUUUAGUUAAAACCCCUUAAGCCCACACUACCUAUAUCUUUGUAAGGUCACAAGACCCACUUUGUUUAUUUAGUUUCUACACGCAGAGGGAGAAGAGAGAGAGAGAAAUGAGAGGGUUUGUGGCAGAUAAACUGAUAGAAAACUUCCCAACCUCUCUUCUUUAACUUUUACUACUCUCAUUUUUCUCUUCCUUUUGUGGUGCAGCCUCCAACUGAAAGUCCCCUAUAAGAUAUAUCCUCAAUUAUUCUAGCUCUUGGAGAGAAGUCUUAUCUCACGCCAAUCUCUCAUUUCCCACUAUGAGGAAUGAGGAUAAUUACCUAGACCUCAACAAUCUGCCAGAUGAUUCUUAUAGAGAUGGCAAUAAGCAAACCCUGGAGGAAGGUUCUUCCUCUGGUCAAAGAAAGAAGAAAGGUAGUAAAGAAGGGAAAGAUGAGAGCGGGAAGGUGUAUGAAUGUCGAUUUUGUUCACUGAAGUUCUGCAAAUCCCAAGCUCUUGGUGGCCACAUGAAUCGCCACCGACAAGAGAGGGAGACGGAGACAUUGAAUCAAGCCCGUCAAUUGGUCUACCGUAACGAUACCUUAACCCCACCAGGAAUUACACCUUUCGGAUAUCAAACCGCAGAUCCAACAAUAUACCGGUCGGUUUACUCUUCACCGAUGCUAUAUACCGGAAGCUCCUCAACAAACUUGGUUCCCCAACCGCUUCAACCACCAUAUCAAUACUCUUCAAACCAAUACUCGCCCUACAACAACAUGAAUGAUUAUUACUUCAGCCAAUCCUUUCGAGGCAAUAGAAGCAUCUCUCCAAACCCUAAUCUUCCCACAACAACAACCGUUAAUUACAUGGCUGGUGGUCCUGUGGAAUCAAGCUACACUUGCGUCGGUGAACCCAUUGAUCAGACCGGUUUUUCUAACCGUGGCUCCGCCAUAGUCCGUGCGCCCCCGCUGGAACCGCCACAAGUUCGUGAUGGUGACGCUUCACGGCAGCGUUUGGAUCACUCUCUUAGGUUACCAAUGAACCGGUUUCAAGAUCAUCACUCGCUCUGAGUUUUAACAUGUUCCCUCUGCUUCUGCUUCUUUUAUUUAUUUAUUUUCUUCUCUUAGGGUAUUUUCUUGUUCUCUUAUUUUGUUUAAGUCGUCGAGAAAGUAGGGUCUCGAAUUGUCUAAACGCCACGGAUCCUACAUGUGUUGUCAGCCAAUUGUCCGCUUGUUGUUGUUGUUGUUGUUCUUUUUUCUUCUAUUUUAGUUGAAAUAAAGAUAUUAGGAUCUAA